UAUCUCGAAUUCAGAAUUCACCGUUAAACUUAGUUGAAUCCAGUAUAUUAUUUUACUACCACUGUAAUUACAAAGCAUCAAUUAUUUGUGGGCCAGUUCUCAAAACGCAAAAGAUGCAAUUGACAUCAGAUCCUCGUCGCGCGGAUCGCGAGCGUCGUUUUAAACCGCCGCCACCAACAUCUGCUCCAGCCGAGGACCUCACAACAGACUACAUGAACAUUUUAGGGAUGGUAUUCUCAAUGUGUGGACUAAUGAUGAGACUUAAAUGGUGCGCAUGGACAGCUGUCUUCUGUUCUAGCAUUAGUUUUGCUAAUUCUAGAGUUUCUGAUGACACUAAACAGAUUGUGAGCUCCUUCAUGCUAUCGAUAUCUGCAGUGGUCAUGUCCUAUUUACAAAAUCCUGCGCCCAUGUCACCACCUUGGGCUGCCCUUACUACUUAAAUUAUAUAUAUAUUACUGAUGUUAAUUUAUGUAUAAAGCAAUU